AUUUCCCCUCUCUCUCUCCCUCGAGAAGAAGAAUUAGUAAAUUUCUUUCUUUGAUUCUUUGCUUCCACUUGAAGAUAUCUCUGUGUGUGGUUGGUUUUAGGAUCAUGUUUUUGAUUCAAUAUUGACAUGAUCGCAUGAAAAAUAGAAUUGAAUCUGCUGAAUAUUGAUAAAUAGUAAGAAAAAUCUUUAAUUAGGAAUUAAAAUUGAGCUCAGAAUAGUUGUUUAUAGUGAUUUGAAGUGAAUCUUCUGUAAAGGAGCUGAGGAUUAUCGAUUACGAUCGUGUGAUUUCGUUUCAGGAUCUUGAAGUGGGUGAAUAUGGCAAGUCUACAAGGACCAGUAAUUUGCCCAGCUGUACGUGCAAAACAAUCAGGAGGAGCAUAUACUUUACCAUUAAAUGGACCUGUAAUGAGAUCAAAAACUUUGACAAAUGGUUUUCUUGGAUUUAAAGGGAAUAAUAGAUGUGGGAUUAAGUUACAGCCUGUUCCCCAUCAAGUUCGUUUAAGGAAAUGUAUGACGGUUCGAUGUACUUUCAGUUCAUCGUCAGAUGGUAAUGGUAGUACUGCAGAGAACUUUAAUGAGAAUGAUGGUGAAUAUGUCAACUCCAGUGUAAUGGAAGCUGUUGAGGUGAAAAGUGGAGCAGAUGGUUUCAUGAUCAAAAUGCGAGAUGGUAGGAAUAUGAGAUGUGUUCACAACAAUCCUCAGGGUGGUCAACUGCCAGAUUAUGCUCCACAUCCUGCAAUUGUACUCAAGAUGGAAGACGGAAGUGAUCUUUUACUUCCAAUUAUUGUUUUGGAAAUGCCGAGCAUGUUGCUUAUGGCUGCUGUCCGCAAUGUUCAAAUUGCAAGGCCAACUGUAUAUCAAAUAAUUAAGGAAAUGAUUGACAAAAUGGGUUAUGUGGUGAAACUCGUUCGAGUGACUAAAAGAGUACAUGAAGCAUACUUCGCUCAGUUAUACCUUGUUAAGGCUGAUAAUGAAACAGAAAGAAUCAGUUUUGAUCUCCGACCUUCUGAUGCUAUUAACAUUGCAGUCAGAUGCAAGGUGCCUAUACAAGUUAACAAGUACUUGGCAUAUAGUGAUGGAAUGAAAGUUGUCGAAGCUUCUAAGCUGGCUGCUCAGGCUCCUCUUUCAGAUGGCUUGCUGUUCACUGAACUUGAUAGGCCAAAUGGUCAGCCUUGUGUUGAAGCCAAAGAGUUCGAUCUUAUCCGCAACAUGCUAAUUGCGGCAGUUGAAGAACGCUAUAGAGAUGCAGCUCAAUGGCGAGAUAAGCUUAGCCAACUUCGUUCCAAGAAGCAGAAGUGGGUCUGACGCAGAGUGUUAUCAUGUUUGUACAUAACAACCAUCUAUCAGUGCGGACAAGAUUCUAGGCAUCUCUCUGGUGGAAGUAGUAGUAGUCAUAUCUCUGUGGUCCCAUGUAUGUAAUAUAAUAAUUUGUGAAUAUCUGUAUAGGUCUAUGGAAGUUACUCCCUGAUUUGAUAACUUUCUUCUGCAUGGGAUAAUGUUCGAAAUUUAUGCUUAAUCUUCUUAAGUUUGGCAACUA